CCGGAGCCGGGGGCGGGUGAGUCCGGCUCGUCCCCAGCCCCAGCCGGCGGCGCUGCCCCUUUAAGGCUCCGGAGCCGGCGGCCGGUGGGGGCAAUGCUGAGCCCGCGGCGGCGGCGCUGGAAUCUUCCGAGGCUGCGAGCGAGCGCGGCAGCCUGGAACUGAUGCCAACAUGGAGCUACCCCAGCUACCCCUGCCAGCUUCGCCCAUCCAGACCCUCUCCACUGCCACUAGACCAGGGCUGGCUGGCUUCCACUGAGAUGAUCUGAAGAGGAGCUGGAGAAAGCAGAGCUACAUUUAAGAUGACACGGACCGACCCGCCUGACAUACUGGUGUCUACAGUGUAUCAAGACAUAAAGGUGAACUCCAUCGUGCCCAGAGAUUCUGUCGUCUGCCAGCCACGGCCACAAUGUGAUGCCUUCAUGUCCAGCUCCCUGCAGCGUGACCCGCAGCCCUUCAACAAGCGCCACUGCAGGAGCUUUGACUUUCUCGAGUCAUUUGACGACCAGCUGGAGCCUGGCACCGCCAUGGAGCGCCCCUGCCGGCGCCCGGGCACCCCGGAGCCCUCCUCAGGCUCUGGCAUGCGAAAGGCAGCCUUUAAGUCAGAUGUUUAUAACACCAGGUCCCACCCUCAUGGGAGGGAAGGCCCCAAGGAACCGUCUGUCCGGGCAGAGCCAAAGAGGAGAGCGAGGUCAAAGAGUGCCCCCCGCGUGAAAUCCACCUUCACCCCUGUUUCCAUCCAGAUGUCCUCCUCUCCCCCGCCGCCCACAAGAAGAGGGCGUGAAGUGCUGCGUGUUGGCAGGGAGCCUGCCAGGGUGGAGACCUCACCACGCCGGGAAAGCAGCUAUGUGCCCAUGAGAGCCAUGGCCAAUGAGGUGCACCCCAUCAAGCUCCAGCCCCAGAGGAGCAGUGCCAGCCGCAUCUCACCGCUCUGUGUCAGCAGCAACUGCUUUGAGGAUGCCCCCGGCAUGAAGCCAGCUGCCAGCCCGCAUGUCAAGUGCCGGAUGGACAUCAAGCCAGACGAAGCGGUGCUGGUGCAUGCGGCACGCAGCAUAAAGGCGGCACAGAACAGGACGGAGGCACCAUAUUGGCCGAGGCCUCCUGGCACUGCUAGGAGCCUGACCGUGCCCAGCAGCAGGCAAGUGUCCGUGUCUCGUACCCCCACACCCAGUGACUCCUACAGCGGGGAGCACCGGGUCGUCCCCUACCCCAAUGAGUACUAUGAGGGGGAUCCCCGGGGGAUGGCUUACCAGACAGUGCCUGUGCCCUCCCCUCGGGAGUAUCCUGAAAGGGGCUGUGUGAGCUUCUCCACCCCAGCUGUGCCCACAAAGUUCUUCUAUACCGAGGAGCCCGUGGGGUGUCCUGGCAUCCCACUGAAAAGCUCUGGCUAUGAAGGGUACCCUCACCCCUAUCCCGCACGUCCCAUCCCUCCACCGCACUUCUACCCAGAGGACAUAAGCAAGGGAAACGUGCACACCGUCCCCCCCAGGACUUUCUAUGUGGAAGAAGCAAGGACCUACCCCAUCCAGGAAGCCCCCAGCCACACUUUCUAUGGAGAUGACCCUCGUUUUUUUGCCCCACGGAGUGCCCCCAUCAAAACCCUGUAUACAGAGGACUCCCGGGCUUACCCCGCCCUAAGCUCCUCUGCCCGGGUUUUCUAUGCUGAGGAUUAUGGGAAAUACCACGAGAGAGAAGCCAUUUCUAGGACGUACCCUCACCCCCGCAGUGUCCAACCCUUGCACUUCAGUGACUGGUACUGCCCAGACCGGGGGGCUCUGCCCUAUCAGACUUUGCAGAUGUCUCGCUUUGCCCCCCACCCCUCUGGGCACGAGGCUUUGCUUUCCUCCUGGCACGCCAGCUACAGCACAAAUCCACCCAGGCUGGGCACUGACAGCCGGCACUACUCCAAGUCCUGGGACAACAUCCUGACCCCCAGCAUCCGCCACGAGGAUCCCAUGUGCCGCGGGCGCAGCUAUGAGAACCUGCUUGCCCAGGGCCACCACCAACGUGCCUUAUCACCCGACGACCGGCGGCAGCCAGUGGUGAUCAACCUGUCCAGCUCUCCAAAGCGAUACGCUGCACUGUCCCUCUCGGAGAACUCUCUCAUAGAGAGGGUGCACUCGGAUGGUGGGAGGUACGCCAUGGGCCGGUCCUGGUUCGUCACCCCGGAAAUCACCAUCACAGACAACGACAUUAAAGCCAAUGGCCUGGGCAAGAGCGAGAAGCGCUCGGCCAGCUGGGAUGUGCUGGACGCGGGGCGGGAUGGGCACCGCCCCUAUGCUACACCCUACAACCCAGGGCCUGCUACCAAAGAGAGCACUCAGAGCAGCUCUGCCCGCCAGCGCAGCCUGGAGCAGCUGGAUGAGCUCAUCACAGACCUGGUCAUUGACUACAAGCCACCGCCCAGCCACCGCACCACCGACGGUGACAGCCUGACGGACCAGCUCAAGAAGCUGAUCAGCAAUGGCGCGCCAGCACCUGCCAGGAAGCCAGAGUUUCGGAGGCCACCACUGUCCUCUGCCAUGGAGCCCAGGCCUACCAAGGAGCAGCCAGGGCCCAGUUGCUUCCGCAGCGACCUGCGAAAGGAGCAUGGUGGGCCCUCUCUGGCAGCAUCCAUUUCUAGCAGCAGUUUUGAGAAGCAGCUGGAUGACUGCUCCCCGGACCUGAGCGCUGAGGAGGACGACAUGAUGAUGUGCUCCAAUGCCAAGUGUCGGCGGACAGAAACCAUGUUCAAUGCCUGCCUCUAUUUCAAGUCUUGCCACAGCUGCUACACCUACUAUUGCUCCCGGAACUGCCGCCGAGAGGACUGGGACAUCCACAAGGAGAACUGCAUCUACGGGCGCAUAGGGAGUAUCUGUCGGCAUGUGCUGCAGUUUUGCCGGGAGAACGCCGAGGUGCACAAGGCUUUCUCACGCAUUGCCAAGGUUGGGUACCUCUCCCGGGGUCGGGGGGUGCUCUUCCUGGGCUUCCCCAACUCGGGCUCGGCUGAAAACUUCCUCCAGUUUGGCUUAGAGAGCUUGCUCAUGUCGCCUACCUACCUGUCCCUGCGGGAGCUGGAGGGUUACUCCGACAACCUGGGGGAUUAUGCCCGGGAGCUGCGGGAUGCUGGCAACCAGUAUGACCCCGAUGAAUGUUUCCUCUUGAAUGUAACUGUGGCCGUUGGCCAAAAAGUGCCUCAGAGGCCAUCGCCGAAGAUGCAGGUGCCAACGGUCAGGAAAUAUGCCAAGGUGGCCUUAGCCUCUUCCAGCCCUGAGAAGAAGAUCCUGAAGAAGGAACGGGACAUGGAGACGUUGAUCCUGACCCCACCACCCGGCACUGCAGACAUCGACAAGGAGGGCGAGGAGGGGAGGAAGGCCCGGGAGGUGUGCUUCAUCAACAUCCAGCGGGAGCUACGGAUCCGUGGCGUCUUCCUGCGCCAUGAGUUCCCCAAGAUCUAUGAGCAGCUCUGUGACUUUGUGGAGAGCAACAAGAGGUUCACACCCACCACCAUUUACCCCAUCGACAAGAGGACCGGCAAGCAGUUCAUGUGUAUGAUCAUGGCCGCCUCGGAGCCACGGACCCUGGACUGGGUCGCCAGCCCCAACCUCCUGGAUGACAUCAUGUGAUCCAGCCCCGUGGCCACCUCUCUCCUGUCUGGCACCCAGGCCUCUUAUUUAUUUACCCUUUGUAGAUACGUAUUUUAUUAUGGACGCACUAGCCUGGCCGGUCAGUAUAUUCUUAUCGUUUCUAACAGACACGCGUUGGCUCGCAGCCCUAGGGGAGUCCUGAGGAAAGAUCGCUGCCCUGCUGGGAAAGCAUGGGUUCAUGGACUCUUAGCAGGUCUCUGGCCACCCACGUUUGUUGCCACUGGUUGGCUAGAUCAGGAGCUGCUGAGGUCUCCAGGUCCUGGUUUGUCUGGGUGGAGAUGGAGGGCUGGGGAGUGGGCAAAGGGACAUGGCUGGUUGUGGGGUAUGAAGUUUGCCAUGAGGAGAGAAGCCCUGCAUGUUGGGUAAGGUCAGUGCCCUGCCCCUGGGUCUGAGGUACAUGGGGUGUCUGGGAGAUUCCAUCACUGCCUUUCCUGGUGACCUCUAGCCAUGGCACGGGGCUCUCAAGCCACUGGCUCUCAGGUGUUCUAGGAAGAGCUCGUCCUGAGUAGGAUCCCCAGCCUCAGCCUGUGGCGCCAACCACUAGACAACAAGGCUACCUCUGAGCAUACAUGGAUGUGCCCACUCCUGUGACCCAGGUGGCUGGCAGGCUGUAGCCAUGCACAGGUGAGCAGCCCUCCCCUCACCCAUCCUUGUUUAAUUCUGCAAAUAGCCAGCAAGGGGAUGGGUGUUAUCUUGCCCUCUGGGGAUGUUCCUGCCAAGGGUGCGAGGCAGCUGACACCCAUUCAGCUGCACACGUGCAUAGGGGAGAGGGCACGGGGCCAUGUCACAGUGCCCACGGGUGUGUUUGGGGCUCACCAGGGGCCUGUUUGUGUGGGGCUUACUGCCACCUCCAUCCAACAUGCCUGUUCCCCUGCCUGCUGCCACAUGUACCCACAGUCACUCUACCCACAGUUACUCCCCUUGCCAAACCUACCACCCUCCAGCACCUCCCCAGGCCCAGUUGUUUCCCACUGCCAAAACAAGGGCCCUAUCCUGUGUGGUACUGAGCAUCUCCAGUCCUUUACUCUCCCUGCCCUCUUAGUAGGAGCAGGGGGAUGCCGUACCUCAGGAAAGAGCCUGGAGUGGAAACUCUGGGAAGACCCUUGAGGCCCCGUGUAGACUCAACAAGGGAGGCUGGAGAUUGAAGUGCCAAGGCAUUUCCUGCCUUCCAGCGAGGCCAAGCUAAAGCCCCACAGCAGCAGCACCUAAUCUUCCCUCGCGGCAAGGCCCAGGUCCAGGCCCAGUCUCCUCCUCUCACUUACACCAGUGCAGCGCCACCUCUGCUGCAGCCAGCCCCACGGUGUAGCUGAGAGGGGCCUGGGGAUGCUGCCUCUCAGUUGGGGCCCAUUGGACAGACAGGGGCUGCCUUCCCAGUGCCCCCCAGUGUGUGUGUCUGGCUCCCCUGGGUGCUGGGAGAGCAGUGUGGGCAAGGCUCGAGCUGGGUUUUGGUGCUAGGACUGUCUUCAGUGCUGGGAUCCUCUUGCAAUCGGAGUGAACCAAAUGUGACCAUAGAAACAGACUGUGUGUGGGAAGGGACGGAGCUGGGCCCUUUUGGUGCCUCAAGCUCCCCCCCAGCAAGGAUGGGGUUAAAGUAAUCCCACUGCAGGGCUGUGCCUGCAGCAGCAAUGGGGCAUUGUGCAAAGGCCCCAGAAUUGCAGGAUGCCUCUGUGGUGGGGGGCACAGCCUCCAUCCCCUGGUACCUAAGGGGAUAAGGUUGGGCUGCCAAGGGUGGGUGGGCUUCUCAGGAGGAGGUGGAGGGGAGCAGGCAUGUGGCUGAAGGCAGGCACCUACAGGUAAAGAGCCACAUGUGUUUUAUAGAUGCUCUUAGUUGGGAGUCAGUGCCUUGGCCAGGAGGGGAGGGGAGGGGUUGCUGCAGUGCAUGGGGCAUGGCAUGGCAUGGGGUGCACAGUGUGUGCAUGGAGCCUGUGGCACUGUGCUGGGGGUCUGUGUGCAUGAGGGCAGAGGCAGGUGGGCCUGGGUGGCAGCUUGGCGCUAGGCAUGGGCAGCAUGUGCCCAUGGGAGUGAGGAGCUGGUGCUUGCAUGCUAGCGGGGUUGCAGAACUGCCCCCUCUCAGGGCUAGGGGAGCAUACAUGGAGGUGCCUGGCAUGGGGCAGCUGCCAGGGCAGGGGCAGCAGUGUCUCUGGGUGGGGGCCUGAUGUGAGGCAGGGGUUGGGGACUGCAGUGUAAAUCCAGCCAGGGGCCUGGACCUGCCCACAAGUGGCAGCCAGAUGCCUUUGGGAACUUCCCUGACCCCACAAGGGGAGGCAGCCCUAGCACAUCCUGAUGCGUAUGAGGAUCCUGUAGCUGGGGCAGAAACCACCUGCCCCAGAGGACGGGGAGGGGAGAGAGCACUGUGAUCCCCACCUCCAUCCUGCCUCCCUGCCAUGGUGCUGGAGCCCCUACCAGCCCCAGGCAGCUUGAGGACACCCAGUCAUUGCCACCACCUUCGAGUCUUUCUUGGCCUGCAAGGAGGCUGGGCCCGCAUCAGCAUCAGCCCAGUGCCAAGGCCUGUUGGGAAGCAUCUCCUGCCCUCAGAUUGAUCUUGGCAAAUGCAGCAGGGCCCGUGAACUGCUGGGAGCUCAGGGAGGGCUCCUGUUAGUGCUGGCUCUGGCCCAGCUGUGCUGCAUGAACGUGUGCCCUCCCACUACAUGCACAUGCACACAUGCUCGCCCACCACACGUGUGCGCCUUCCUACCACACGUGCAGAUACAGACAGGCAUUCCCUCCUACCCACACACGCGUGUCCUCCUGUCACAUGCAUGUGUGCCCUCCCACCACA